AUGUCCCGGCCUUACAAGAAGGUCCAGAUCUUUGCCGUGGCGAUCGGCAAGAGCAUGGGUGACAAGGCUGGCACUUUCUUUUCCACCGCUGACAUGCGGCAGACGGGCUUUGGCUCGGCCAUCGCGCCACAGGCCGAGGAAGUGCAAGAAGUUGACACGUUGAUGGCUGGAAGCUUUUGCAUCGUUGGAAGCGCAAUGCUCGUCUUCCUUUUCUUCUUCAUGAAGUACAUGAUCUACGUGAUCAUGUUUAGCUUCUGCGUUGGUGGUGCGCUCUGCCUUGCACAGUUCAUUGCCAUGUCCCUGCAUCACUAUGUUCCAAGACUAAAGCAGCGGGUCGUGGACCUGCCCCUACUAGGUCCAGUUACCGAGGCCGAGUGCAUUGCGGCCGCGCCAGCGGUGACGUUGGCCGUGUGCUGGUUCGUCCUGAGAAAUACGAAGUACGGCUGGCCUUUCCAGGACAUCAUCGGCGCUGGCUUUCUGUGUUGGAUGCAGCGGACUUUGAGGUUGCCCAACCUCAAGACGGCGAGCGUGCUUCUAGUAGCGAUGUUUUUCUUCGACAUCUACUGGGUCUUCAUUUCAGUGCACCAGUUCAAGCAGAGCGUCAUGGUCAGCGUGGCCACUGGCGCCGGGACUGGAGAAACAGUGCCGAUGCUGAUCAGGAUACCGCAGUUUGGAGACCCCCUUGGCGGUGAUCGCAUGCUGGGGUUUGGCGACAUUGCCUUGCCAGGGCUUCUGGUGUCCUAUCUCCGGAGACACGAUCUCACAAGCCACCGAACAUUUUGGGAAGGCUACUUUGCGCCGUCCUUGCUGGGGUACUUCUGCGGGCUUUGCGCCACCAUCGUGGCCUUGUCGAUCAUGAAGAUGGGCCAGCCCGCAUUGCUGUACCUGGUUCCUGGAACAUUGGGGACAACCGUCGUGCUCUCCCUUUGCCGAGGAGAACUGCAACUUCUGUGGGAGGGUCUGCCGGCAAGAGGUUCACGCCGUCUGGAGGACUGCUGUUGCUCUGCCUCCAUGCGUUCAGAAAUGCUGCGGAGCGGCAGGAGAGCGGUGCCAACAGUGCCCGGACCUGAAUCAACGCAGGCAAUCAGAAACAUCAGGGGCACGGAAGUUCUUCAUGUUCUUCCUAUCCAAGCUAGCAGUCCUGUUGCCCAGGAUGUCCCUUGA